AGGGGAAAAAAGAGGCAGAAAUAAUUAUAAAACGAGAAUAUGUCUAAAAAGUUGGAGUUUAGCGCUGUGUGGGUUGUGGGAUUGUUGGUUUUGGCAGUGGGCACGAGCCAGGUGAGUGCAAUCAGCUGCCUGGAUGCCAUUACGAGGCUGAUGCCUUGCCAGUCCUAUUUGCUUGGCUUCAGCAGCUCCGUGUCGGUGCAGUGUUGCCAGGGAGCUGCGUCGUUGAAUCAGCUAGUGGGGUCGGACCGGGGCCAGCUGAAACCAUUGUGUCAGUGCCUGAAACAGACGGCUGUCUCCAUCGGAGUAAAUGUCGACAGAGCUAAGCAACUUCCCCAGCUUUGCAAAAUCACUGUCCCUGUUCCGAUUGACCCUAAUGUCAACUGUGACAGCCUAUGAUGAAUGCAUGGUGCGGACAAUAAGGCCACAUCAAGGAGUUGACCAUGAAGGAAUGCGAGUUCGGUGGCAGAAAAAUAAAGGAGCAGAUAUGUAGUAUUAGGCGCCUAAUUAAUUAGGAUAUGCUUCCCAGUUCCUAACAUGUAUUUGCCAAUUGUUUUCUAUAACCAGCCCACAUGUAUUUUGCUUUGCGAAUUUUUGGGAAAAAAUUCAAUGAAGUUAAACCUAAGGAAUAAU